AUGGGCAGGGCAGUCCAGCAGGAGCAGGAAGAAUGUGUUGCUGUUCUGCUGGAACACGGUGCCGACCCCAAUCUGGCAGACGCUGACGGCAACACUGCCCUUCACCUGGCUGUGCUCUCUAAAAACACAGCUGUAGCAGGGCUGUUACUGGAGCAUCAUGCCAACAGUGAUGCUCAGAACCAGUGGGGAUUUACCCCCUUGAAACUUGCAGCCUUGCAACAGCACGAGGAGAUUCUGGAGUGCCUUGUGAACAAAGCAGCUGACAGGCCUGCUCAAGGCCAGGGGGAAAGGAGUGCUCUUGUGGUUCCUGGAAGCCAUGAGGCUCACCUGGAGGAAGAUAAUCUGCACUUGCAGGAGGAGCUGGACAGGGCUGGCGCGGAGCUGCAGGAGGAGGAAGAAAAGCAUCUUCAGUCUGAGCAUUGUGUUCCUGACUUGAAGACUGCCUUGGAUGCCAAGAAAAGAGAGGCAAUAACUUCUUCCCAGGAACUGCAGGACCUCCUGGAAGAAGACGCGCAAGACUUUGCAAGUGAGAACAGCGGAUUGGAAGGCACUGUCCAGCAGCCAAGCGAGAGCGUUGAAGCCCUUCCGAGAGCCCUGCAAGCCUCUGCCUCAGGUGGUGAACUUUCCCAGCAGCUGGACAUGGAGCCUGGAACAGGCAUGCAGCUCGAGGCCCUAAACCAGGCUUUGCCAGAAGAGCUGUCCACUCUGCUUGGGAAGUGUGAACAACUGGAGAAGAGCAAAUGUCAGCUGCAAGAAGAGGUGACAAAACUCCACCACCAUUUGGAGACUUUGGUGCUGGAUGGCAGCCAAAGAGAACAGUGUACAGGAGAGGUGGCAGAAGGAGCUGACCAGGAAAGAAGUGCAAAGCUACAAGAGGUCAGCCUCGUUUUGCAAGCACAGGCAGCCCACCAGGCCCCACUAGGACAAACUGGAGACAUUCAUUGUGAAUCCAUGAGAAUCCAGUUGGAAGAAAGAAUUAAAAAUCUGGAAAGGGAAUUGGAGAGGGUCAAAAACACCCAACAAGAGAGAGCUUCUCGUAAAGAAGCAACUCAGGGAGAGAUGGAAAGGUACAAAGAGCUGUAUCUGGAGGAAGUGAAAACCAGAAGAUGCCUUGCCAAGAAACUGGAAAGGCUGGAAAAGCUUCUGAGGAUAGAGAGGAGGAAACUCCGGGUUAAUGAAGAGAAAGGAAGUCAGUCCCAGCUGGAAGAAAUGAAGAGAUAUUCUGAAAAGGUCAAGGAAGUUGAUGGAUUACAAAGAGAGGUUGCUGAACUUUCCCAGCAGUUGGACAGGGAACGUGAACAGUGCACGCAGCUGGAGGCCAAAAAUCAGGCUUUGCAAGAAGAGCUGUCUGCCCUGCGUGGGGAGUGCGAGAACCUGGCCAUGGACAAAUGCCAGCUGCAAGAAGAGCUGGCAAAACUCCACCAUCAUUUGGAGACCAACGUGGUGGAUCGCAGCCAACUAGAACAGUGCAAAAGAGAGGUGGAAGAACAAGCAGACCAGGAAAUAAGACAAAAACUCCAAGAAGUCAAUGAGUUUUUGCAAGCACAGGCAGCCCACCAGGACACCUUAGAAGAAAUCAGAGCCAGUGAUGUGGACUCACUGAAAAAACAAUUAGAAGACAGAAUUAGAGAUCUGGAACGUGCACUGGGAAGGACAAAAAGCAACCAAGCAGAAAGACCUUUUCAAAAAGAAUCCACCCAGGCAGAAGUGGACAAGUACAAAGAGCUGUAUCUGGUGGAAGCCAAAACCAGAAAAAGCCUCGCCAAGAAACUGGAAAGAGUUCCAGCAGUAACCCCACAGCAGCACCACUAUGGCAUUAUUGGUGUCUUUUCAAGUUGA